AUGGCUCAAGCAACGGUUCCCACCAAGACGCCCAGAGGCCGCAUUCGGGACAUCCUCCCGGGCAUCCGCAUCGGCACCCACAAGCCGGGCCCGCUCAAUGCCCUCACCGAUGUCCCCGGUGUCCUCGUGCACACCCAGUCCCUCCACCAGAACGACGGCUCCGUCAACACGGGCGUGACCACGAUCCUGCCGCGGGCGGACUGGUUCCACAGCGCCUGCUACGCCGGCAUCUUCCGCUUCAAUGGUUCGGGCGAGAUGACGGGCAGCCACUGGCUGGAGGAGACGGGCCUGCUGAGCUCGCCCGUCGUGCUGACCAACUCGUUCGCCGUCGGCGCCGCCUACCAGGGCGUCUACGAGCACGCCAUCAAGCAACACGGCGGAGACGGCGUCGACUGGUUCCUCCUCCCCGUCGUCGCAGAGACCUUUGACGGCCACAUCAACGACCUCUCCACCUUCGCCGUGCGGCCCCACCACAUCGUCGAGGGCAUCGACGCCGCCGCGGGGGGCGUCCCCGUGCCAGAGGGCAACACCGGCGGCGGUACCGGCAUGAUGUGCCACGGCCACAAGGGCGGGACGGGCACCAGCAGCCGCGUCGUCGACGGGCUCGGCGUCGCCCUCCCCGGAGACGACGACAAGGCGGCGCCGGCGACGACGUACACCAUCGCGGCGCUGGUGCAGGCAAACUACGGCCGGCUGGGCCACCUCCGGGUGACCGGCGCGCCGGUCGGGCGGCUCCUUGCCGAGGAGCUCGAGGCGAAGGCGUCCUCGGCGGCGGGGCUGUCGGCGGCGGAGGCGGAGCAGGCGCGGCGGUUCGAGGAGGCGGAGCGGGCCAAGGACAAGAAGGACGGCAGCAUCAUCGUCGUGCUUGCGACGGACGCGCCGCUACACCCGCUGCAGCUGCAGCGCCUAGCCAAACGGGCGACGGUCGGGCUAGCGCGCGUCGGCGGCUAUGGCCACAACCCGUCGGGGGACCUAUUCCUCGCCUUCUCGACGGCGAACGAGAUUCCCGUGCAGAGGGCCACGGCGCAGAAGCGCGCCGUCGACCCGUUCAAGGCCGCGGCUAUGAGCGUCCAGGUCGUCAACGAUAACUCCAUCAAUGCCCUGUUCGAGGCCGCUGCUGAUGCUACCGAGGAGGCUAUCUACAAUGCCCUGUGCAUGGCUGAGACCAUGGUGGGACUCAAGGGUCGCACCGUUGAGGCGCUGGAUCUGGAGAAGCUGAAGUCCAUCAUGGCGAAGUAUCUGUAG